AUGGCUCAUCAGGUUUCAUUCCUCUACACGGUCGUGGCCUUGGUCGUCGCCUAUGGCAUCUAUCGUCUCCUCCAGGUUGGCCGACGAGACCCGCGGAUGCCCAAGGGGCCUCCUACAUUGCCGAUUCUGGGUAAUUUCCACCAGAUCCCAUCCAGUGGAAUGUACCGACAGUUUCGGGAAUGGGCCAAAGAGUAUGGCUCUGUCUUCUCGUUGAAGUUCGGUCCUUCGAGCAUCAUUGUCCUCUGUGACCGUGAGGCGAUCCACGAACUCCUCGACAAGAAAGGAAGCAUCUAUUCGGAUCGACCGACGACCUAUGUCGGCAACCUGCUGACCAAGGGCGACCACAUUGCUAUUUCUCCCGCUGAUGCCAUGUGGCGAGAGAAGCGGAAAGUGAUUGCGCAUAACUUCUCGCCGAAGAUGCUGGACGAGAAGCAUUUCAAGGUCCAGGAGGCCGAGGGUAUUGUUUUGAUGAACGACCUUCUGAGAGACCCCGAUAACUUUUUCAACCAUAUUCGUCGGUACACCGCGUCGGUGGCUGCCACUUUGGUUUAUGGCCAGAGGGGGGCGACAUUUGAUUCUUUUUGGGGCCAUGUUCGUGAACCCUCCCUCGAUUGGACCGAAUGUAUGGAACCUGGAGCCAAUCCUCCCGUGGAUGAAUAUCCACUGUUGAAACUGAUCCCCAAGACCUUCGCCCACUGGAAGAAACGUGCCCUUCGGGCCGGAGAGACCAUGGACGCGGUGUGGACACGAGCCCGCGGCAUUGUCGAGGCCCGGAGAGCAAAGGGCGAUAAGCGCGACUGUAUUGCCGACCGGCUGCUGGAUGAGUACAACGAGAAAGGCUUCCCGAUGAGUCAACACGCAUUCAACAACCUCAUCGGCGAGCUGGUGGAAGGCGGUGCCGACACGACGUCGGCCCAGUUGCUGACCAUGGUUCUGGCUCUGGCACGGAACCCAUGGGUGCAGAAGAAGGCCCGCGAGCAGAUUGAUCCCCUGUGUGGCACGUCUCGAUCUCCUCGAUGGGGAGAAGAUUUUGCCCAACUUCCCUAUAUAAACGCCAUCGUCAAGGAAGGCAUGAGAUGGCGUCCGGUAGCGGUGACGGCACUUCCUCACAAAGUUCGACAAGAUGACUACUACAAAGGAAUGCUCAUCCCUAAAGGAUCCACCGUCUUCAUUCCGACCUGGGCAAUCCAUCACAACUCCGAGUUUUACGAAGAUGAUGAAGCCUUCAACCCGGAUAGGUUCUUGAACUACCCAAAACUGGCCAGUGAGUAUGCAGGAAGUGCCAAUUGGAAAGACCGAGAUAAGUACUGUUCCAACCCACCUGUCGUCGCUCUUUUCGACUAA